AGAAGAAGAAGAAGAUUUCCAGGCUUCUGAUUGGUCCGUCAGCCGCUGUUUGGACAUGUGACACCAGAGAUGGCAGCCUGUACCCGAAACAGAGAUGGUGACGACAGCAUCCUGGAGCCUCUGAGUUUCCCGGAGCAGCCGCCUGAUGCUCCCGGUGUCCCCGGUGAGGAGCUGCUGGUCUGUCUCUUCUGUCCCGACUCAGAGAGACAGAAAGACGUCCUCCUCAAACACCUGCUGCUGGAGCACAAGCUGGUCAUCGCAGACGUCAAACUCAUCGCUGACCUCCCAAAGUACGAGCUGCAGCUCAUAAAAGCACCGGUUGAGAGGGAGAAAGCUCCAGAGCGGGGGUUGUCCUUGCCGCCUGAUGCUCCCGGUGUCCCCGGUGAGGAGCUGCUGGUCUGUCUCUUCUGUCCCGAGUCAGAGAGACAGAAAGACGUCCUCCUCAAACACCUGCUGCUGGAGCACAAGCUGGUCAUCGCAAACGUCAAACUCAUCGCUGACCUCCCAAAAGGACGCACACCAGGGUCAGGAAGAGAUGUAUUUCAGACACAAGCCACUCCUUUUGUUGUCACACAAGAGGACACAACUAAGGACAAAAGAAAGCUCUUCCUUACUAAUGAGGAUCCGGUGAAUUUCUGCAGCGUCAUCAAAACCAACUCCACCGGCCCCAUAGAGAAGCAGGAGGACUACUUCCUGCUGUGUGACGUCCUCCCAGAGGAUCGAGUCCUCAGAGAGAAGCUGCAGCAGAAACGUCUGGUGAGGAAAUCUGCAUCCUGUCUGUGUGUCAGAUCGUCUCUGCUGAACCACAUGGCCAGAGAACACUCGUUCAGCAUCGGUCUGCCCGACAACAUCGUUUACUGCAACCAGUUCCUGGACGCGCUGCAGAGGAAGCUGGACAAAGCCUUAAUAGAUCUGCGUUUCUACGACCAGGUGAAGCUGGUGAACUUCCUCCGCCGUCAGCUCCAUCAGAGCCGCUGCUACGGCUGCCAGGAAACGUUCAGCUGCAGGGCGGGACAUGUGAUGCAGCUUCCUCACAAGUCCACCUGGAACCAGCCUCAGUAUUACUUCGCCACGUAUGAGAACGACGCCCUCCUCUGCACGCUGUCUGAUGGCGAUGAAGACGAGCGUAACGUCAGCGAAGAUGUCCCGGUGAUCUCAGAGGACGUUUCCAACCUUCGAGCUUUGAAACAGAACUCCGUCCUCAAAUCGCUGCUGAAGAGCCGAGGGUCCUGCAGGUAGAAGACUUCCUGUUCCUGGACGACUCUUCCUCCUCCUCAUCCUCUGUAAAUAAACUCUAAUAAUCAAAGCCAUUCUGCUUCCCUGAACACUUCAAAACUCUAUUUUCAGAAGUGAAGUUCAACCUUUUUCCAGCAGGGGGCGUCACACUCAAAUCCCACAAGAGCUUGCAAAGAAUAUACAAUAGUGGAAUAUUUGCUUUGAAUGAUUUGCCCCAGCCUUCUGCUUUCAGACGUAGUUCAUUAUGAAGUUACCAGAACUGAUAAUAAUCCAAUGCAGAGCCAAUAAU